AGAAAAGGGUUUCAGAAGCGGGGUCACGAAUCGGCAACCGGAGUCCUCUAUAUCAAUAGAUGGAGCGGGGCUGGAAGAAUCUCAGAGACGGAUAGCUGAGUAAUACACCAACAAUAUAUUCAAGACGACAUCAACAGGAUAAAACCAGAAAUGGAAGCAACAUCGGGAACUGGAGGCGGAGGCAGUCUUCAACGACUGGAUGAAGAAAUUGGGUGUGGUCGUCGGCGUUACUCGGAGAGACAUCAUGCCACUUCUCAAGGGAAUGCUCAGGCCUGAUCCCUCGGACACCACCUUCGCCGCAUACGAGAGAGCAAACGAAGACCUGUACGCAAUCCUAUUCUGCCUCGUCGAACUGCAGGCUGCACUAACCGUACACAAGCACGAAGACGACACCGGCCUUAGCGGCGACGGGCAGGCAGCAUUCGCGGAACUGAAGGCCAACUACAAUCGAGUGACAGAUGAAGUGAUCAGGGCUAAACUGGACGACCUGGAAAGGACGGUCAUGGAGCCAGGAGAGAACCCGGACGAUUUUUUCAACAAGAAACACCGCCUCCGCUCUCAACUAGCGAAAAUGGGGGAAAACAUCUCCGAUCGCCGCAUCAAGGACAUCUGUGUGCAAGGUUUCUCCGAGGACUACAAGGACAUCAAGAUGAUGGUUUUCCGCGACCCAUCAUUCGACGUACAACAGAUGCAAGCCACCAUGCGCAACAUCUUCCUUGACGAGCAAAUGCGCAAGAGAACCAAGGGCCAAAUCGCUGGCCGCGGAUUCGCCAUGGCUACCAAGACAUCUGGCCCCAUCUGCUUCGAGUGCAACGAACCGGGACAUGUCAGGAGGAACUGUCCCAAUCGCCGGCGGAAGGGCCAUAUGGCGAAGAAGACGAAGCCUGCGGGAGCAACCAAGUGGUGCUCCGUCCAUAACACCACUACACACUCCGACAAAGAGUGUUACAGCCAAGGAGCCAAGCGACCACAACGCACGGGCAAGGCCUUCUCCGCAUGCACACACUGCAUGCACUGCUCAACCCAGUCAGGAGAAACACACGCCAAGCGUACCACAACGGAAACUCCCAAAGAAACAGAGAAGACCGAGAAGGCAGAGAUCGAUUUCUCUUACGACGAAGACGCAUUUAAGGGUGGAUUCAUGUACCAUUCUACAUGCAGCAAGGGAAGCGGGCGCACUUUCACGAUGAUUGCAACUGGGACUUCAGCACUGUCAGGAGAAACACACGCCAAGCGUACCACAACGGAAACUCCCAAAGAAACAGAGAAGACCGAGAAGGCAGAGAUCGACUUCUCUUACGACGAAGAUGCAUUCAAGGGUGGAUUCAUGUACCAUGCUACAUGCAGCAAGGGAAGCGGACGCACUUUCACGACAACUGCAACUGGGACUUCCGCGCUGGUGGAUUCUGGAGCUUCUGAGACCAUGUUCGACAACCGCCUCAUCCCGAAUGGACGUCUCGAAGAAGAACGCCCGACGCCCAAGAUCAUCGACGUUGCAGGAGAAAGCCAACUUCAAGGCACUAUCACUAGGAUCCUACACUGCACCAUCAAAGACGACAAAGAACAGCAACUACCCGUCAAACUACAAGGUCUCAUCGUGCCAGGACUAGGCCGGAACAUCUUCGCACCAACGGCCCUUCUCAAGGAGGACCUCCGAUGUGUCCUGAAAGACAAGACCCCACACCCAACCAUCGGUGGAGAAGUCGUCGUUCAUCUGAAACAAGAGACUCAAGACCAAGGGCGCAAGCCGAAGUUCGGAAAACCAGAAGCGGUACAGAUCGAUCACACUCCGCACGCGACAUGCUCAGUGGCGAUGAGCGUGAGCGCCGACCUCUGGCACCGGCGCCUCGGCCACAUCAAUCCACGUGCUAUGGAGAUUUUGCGGCGCAACCCCGCCACAGGUGUGAAAUAUGACGGACCUGUAUCCCCGUGCGACAACUGCCAAAUCACGAAGCACAAGAAGGCUCCCGUCCCGAAGAAGACCAGCCGUUUCCUGACCAAAUCAGGCCAACUCGUUCAGUUCGACAACAUGGGACCAAUCGACCCGCCUGCGAAGUACAACGGACGCACCUACUCCUAUGUCGCCAAAGCGACCGACGUCUUCACCAGAAUGCGGGAAGUGUACCUACUGCGCGACAGGACCGAAACCACGCAAGCUCUGCACGCCUACAACAUGCAAGUAGCAUCUGAAGGCUACCGCAUCGAGGUUCUACGCUGUGACAAAGGGGGAGAGAACACUGGGGAAGAAAUGCGCAACUACUGUAGGGAGUCUGNCGCCACAGGUGUGAAAUAUGACGGACCUGUAUCUCCGUACGACAACUGCCAAAUCACGAAGCACAAGAAGGCUCCCGUCCCGAAGAAUACCAGCCGUGUCCUGACCAAACCAGGCCAACUCGUCCAGUUCGACAACAUGGGACCAAUCGACCCGCCUGCGAAGUACAACGGACGUCCAUACUCCUACGUCACCAAAGCGACCGACGUCUUUACCAGAAUGCGGGAAGUGUACCUACUGCGCGACGGGACCGAAGCCACGCAAGCUCUGCACGCCUAUAGCAUGCAAGUAGCAUCUGAAGACUACCGCAUCGAGGUUCUACGCUGUGACCAAGGGGAAGAGCACACUGGGGAAAAAAUGCGCAACUACUGUAGGGAGUCUACGAUCAAGCUGGAAUUCGCCGCGACCAACACGCCCCAAGAAAUCGGAGUGUCAGAAAGGGAUGGCCAGACACUUGCGGCUGUGACUCGAGCUCUACUGCGCGAUGGAGACUUCCCAAGACACAUGUGGGGGGAGCUCAUGAUGACUGCAGCGUACCUGACCAACAGGACCCCACACGCGGCGCUAGGGGGAGCCACGCCGUAUUCCAAGAUGUACAACACAACCCCGGACCUUUCUCGACUUCGUGCCAUCGGCGCCCGCGCGUUCGUUCAUCACGAGCGAUACAUGAAGAAGCUAGACGACCGGGCCUUUGAAGGCAAGCUCUGCGGUUACGGACCUGACAGGAGGACGACGUGAUGAACUUCACGUCAUUACUCGGACGCGGUACCUCUAUGGGCGACG